CCUUUCCAUUCUCUAUCAUGUCUCCAACUUCUAUAUUUCUCUUCUCAAAACCCUAACCCUAGCCCGGAAUCACUAUCUCUUCUAUGAUUUGUCUUCUGGCCUGAAAAAUCUUGAAGAAAGAUAUGGAGUUACAGGCAAACGCUCAUCUCUUCGAGAAACGCCCGAUUCUCAAGUCCAAGACUCCUGCUGUCAGAUGGUUCAAGGAAUGGGUGCCUCAGGAUGUUGUUUCUACUGGUGGGAAGUGCUUCCUUUUGAAAUGGGUUACAGAGGACACCUUGAAGGCCUUGAAAGAGAAGUCUAAAGAGCCUGAGCCAGAAGAGCCAGAACCAGAACCUACUACAGAAGUUCUUUUCCUUUGCAGCUUUGAAAGCUGUGGAAAAACUUUUAUUGAUGCUGGAGCAUUGAGGAAGCAUUCUCACAUCCACGGGGAAAGACAAUAUGUUUGUCAUUAUGAAGGAUGUGGAAGGAAAUUUUUGGAUAGUUCCAAGUUGAAAAGACACUUUCUUAUUCAUACAGGAGAGAGACAUUUUGUGUGUCCUCACGAAGGCUGUGGUAAAGCUUUCUCCCUGGAUUUCAACUUACGGGCACAUAUGCGAACACAUUCACAAGAGAACUAUCAUAUCUGUCCAUAUGUAGAUUGUGGAAAGAGAUACGCUCAUGAAUAUAAGUUAAAAACUCACAUCAAGGCUCACCAUGAAAAGAGCAUGACGAUGGAUAUGAUGAAAAACACCCCACCUUCUGAUAAGGUACCAAGUGUUGCAAAGCCUUCUGCAGUGAAUUAUGGCUCUGCUUCCUCUGACAGGCCUUAUGCCUGUCCUUAUGAAGGAUGCGAUAAGUGCUACAUUCAUGAAUAUAAGCUGAAUCUUCAUUUGAAAAGGGAGCAUCCUGGUCAUAAUGCAGAAGAGAAUGGCAAGAAUGCCCCUGAUAAUGAUCAUGAGAUGGAUGAUGCCAGUGACCAAGAUGCUUAUGCUGGAAAAGGUAGCAAUGGGAAGAAUCCUAAGCGAAGCAAACCCAACAAACCUACCUCAAAGAUGCCAUCUUCAAAAAUCCAACAGCGGAAAAGCUCAAAUGUGACUCCUCCAAAUUUGAACACAGUGAAGAAACAAUGGCCAACCAAAGACAUGUAUGAGGAAGAAGAUAGUGAGGAAACUGAGGAGGAUCGUGAUAAUGUUGAAGAUGGAUGGAGAUACACAGAGAACAAUGAGGAUGAUGAAGAGACAGAGUAUGAGGAUUAAGUUUAAUUUUAAUUAUCUUUGAUGAUGCCCUGUAUGCGCUCCAUCUUUUAUGUCAACUCUGUGCCAUACAAUAAAAUUCUUAAUGAUCGAUGUAAUUUCUUUGAUCUUCCUUGUUAGUGUUUUUCUUCUCUUUUGGAUGUGGUCCAGUAAUUUAGAGAGCAAUGAACUUGAAAUUUUAUCCUUUGAAGUUCAGAUGAUUCAUCAAUUUUUAGUA